AUGCCUAAGUCUGUUGUCAAAGAGCUUCAUUCCAUAUUUGCAAAGUUUUGGUGGGGAAAGAGUAAUGGGGAGCAAGGAAUUCACUGGAGAAGGUGGGAAUUUUUAUGUCGCUCAAAGAAGUUGGGCGGAUUGGGCUUUCGAAACAUUGAAGAUUUUAACCAAGCUCUCCUAGCUAAACAGGUUUGGAGGGUCUUUAUAAAUCCGAAUUCUUUGACAGCGCGCAUCUUCAGGGCUCGUUAUUUUCCUGGCGGCACUGUUUUGGAUGCGGAUGUCGGGGUGUAUCCUUCUUUUGUAUGGAGAUCCUUGUUGUGGGGCAGAGAAUUAUUAAUGGCAGGACUGCGUUGGCGCGUUGGUAAUGGAUUGCAAAUUUCUAUUUAUGAGGACAAAUGGGUGCCACUACCUCAUCUCUUUAGAAUCACCACUCCUCCACGAUUGCCCCUAAACACCCGAGUUUGUGACUUGAUCAAUGAUUCAGGACAUUGGGAUCGCGAGCUGGUUAAUGCUAGUUUCUGGAAACAUGAAGCAGAUGCAGUGCUCAGUAUACCAAUGGGAUAUGUAUUACAAAAUGAGGACAAGCUGGUCUGGCAUUAUGAGAAAAAAGGUUGCUACACAGUACGAAGUGGAUAUUGGCUUGCUUGUGCAAUUCGAGAUCGCGGAGAUGGAGAGGUGGGGGCAUCUAGCAGCAACUUUGAGAACAUUUGGUUGAGGUUAUGGCGGCUGCAAGUGGCUAAUAAAGUCAAAGUAUUUUUUAUGGAGAUGUAUGCUUGA